AACUGGAUCCUUUUGUAACUGCUGAAAUUUUCAUGUCUGCUUCCAUUAAUUAGUCAGCACCAUGCUCCUGUUUAUCAACACUGGAUCCCGCUCUGUGUGUGUGUGUGUAUGUGUGUGUGUGUGUGUGUGUGUGUAUGUGUGUGUGUGUGUGUGUGUAUGUGUGAGAGAGAGAGAGCGCUAUUAUCACUGCUAAUCACAGGAACCCUCGGACCAUAAUGGAUAUCUAUUCUAGGCAGCUGUCACCGUGGGAGCAGAGGGAAUGCAGGGAGAAGAGCUUGACUUUCUCCUGCAGAUGAGAAGGAGGACUUGGUGUUAGGAAGUCUGCCGCUGCUUAGUUUCCGGAUUGGAGGAGUGGAGCCUUCGGAUAACGUCACCCGCAAGUUUGCUUUUAAGGUGUGGCUAGAGGAGGAAGAGGAGGAGCAUGAGGAGGGGGAGCUGAAGGGUGCUGUUGUGUUUUGCAUGCAGGCAGAGCACGCUGGGACCAGGACCUACUACUUCAGCACAGACAGCCAUGAGGAGCAGGGGGAGUGGAUCACAGCCAUGAGCGAGGCUGCAGAAGUCAACGUCCAGCCAACACAGAGAACGAGCUCAGACACCACAGCUGAUCUCAACCACACUAUGGUGACCAACGCACCUGACCCACAGCAGAAUCCACACACACAGACACACAAUAAAACUCAAAGUGAAUUGCCCACACACUCUAAGGUCAACGGGGUCGACAGCCUGGAGACUCCUCCCUGUUCUAUGCCCCGCUCUGAUGUGGAGGGAAAAAAGAACGACAGAAGACUAGGAGAGGGUGAAGAUGAGGGGGGAGGACCUGGUCCUGACCCAGCCCCGUAUCUAAAUCACCAUCCUAAUGGUUGGGCCAACUACGGCCCCACCAAUGUCCUGCUCCACAACAGCAAUAGCAAACAGCCUCCAUCCAGGAGUCACAGUGGACACCGUGCCACUCAGGGACACCCAGAGGGGGAUAGUGGUCAGGUGCAGGACCCCAGGGAGCAGCAGGAGAACAUGGUGCUGAGGAGGGGCUUUGUGCCCAGGACAGCUCCAGAGAGAGUGGCCCAGAGGAAGAGCUCCAUGGCCCAGCUGCAACAGUGGGUCAACCAGCGGCGGGGCAUGGCCUCCCAGGAGGACAUCAACAGCCCCUCUCGUUACUACGCAGUGAACCGUGGGAUCCCAGUUGACUACUAUGCCUACCCUGGUGGCCCCCAGUCUGUGGAGGAGUACCCUCUGUACCCGCCAGGGGUCCGUCCUGACAGCAUCUGCUCCGUCUCUGCCGUUGGGGGGUACGACCGACGCUGGACCGUGGAGGAGAAGCGUCUCUCGCUGAGGGAUGGGCCCCAUCAGCUGUAUGGACCCCCGAUGCCCAGGGACCCAUGGGGGCCACAGUACUAUGGUGGAAUGGAGACAUCCAUGAGGCGCCUGUCCAUCCAGCCGCGCUCCAGGUCCGUGCCCAGGUCACCAUCCUCGUCAUCAGGGGGGCCCUACUCUCCAGUGCCCCCCAACUUUGCCUCCCCGGCUCGGUCCUUGUCGGCCCGCUUUGACCGAUUUCCUGGGAGGAUGAGGGACAACAUGAUCUACGCUGACCCAUCAGUCUACAGCCUGAGGAGGUCACUCAGCUCGCCCAAGUACGACUACCCUGGUGACAGGAGGUCCUUAAGCCAAGGAUUGUACCAGCAUAACUACCCUGUUUCCCCCUCCAUCCACAGUAAAAUGGAGGACAUAUUAGACCUGCAACUCCAGCGCAACCUGGACUACCUAGACCAGCAGGGGCCUCCUUUCCAUGAUGUCUACAGCAGUGAGCUGCACCCCACACUGAAACUCAAUGAGAUUGAAACCAGUAAACUCCUGGGUCGAUUAUGUGAGCAGAACCAGAUUCUGAAAGACCAUGAGGCUGUGGUCCACAGACUGAGGAUGGACAAGGACAGCCUAGAGGAGGCGCUGGUGGCCACUCACCAGGAGAUGGAGCUGUACCAUAACCAGCUUUUGGCCAUGGAGAAGCUGCAGUUCAAGAAGGAGACUCUGCAGAACCAGCUGAUCAACAUCAGAGGGGAGCUGUCCCAGGCCUCCAGUGCUUUAACCACCACUCGUAUGGAGUUUGAAGCGUUGGAGGAUGAGGCCAACGCCAUCCAUGGAGAUCUGUGGGAGCAGCUUAAUGCAGGAGGACAGAGUGAACUGGUUCGUAGACACAUCCAGAAGGAGUUCUGGAGAGUCCAGGAUGUGUUAGAGGGACUGCACAAGAACAACUCGUCCAGAGGCACUGACACAGCCAAGCACAGAGUGGCCAGCGGUGCAUCAGGCUCCUUUAGCACCAAUAGUCCAGCCAGUCCCCUGAGCUCAGUAAGCCUCACCAGCCCGCUCAGCCCCUUCUCCCCAGUGCCCGGCUCCCAGGCCUCCCCCACCAAACAGCUGGGCCCGGAGGAAAGUGUUCCCCCAAGGCCUCCCCUCCCCAAGGCUUAUUACCCUUUGGAGCCCUCCUCUGCCAACCCUCCCUCCAUCCCCCCCCUGCCCUUUGACAGCACUGUCUGGCUACGCGGCUUGGGCCUCGACGAUGGUUACCUCGAUGGUGAAGACCCUCACGUCAGAAAGCUCAAGUCUGGAGAACAGAACAUCAGUGAGAUGCAGGACCAGGUCCAGGACCGGCAGCCCAGCAUGAAUAAAGUUGGCAUCGUUCCUCCCAGAACCAAAUCCCCCACAGACGAACCACACAGCAGCUCCAUUCGAGUGUCCCGACACAAUGGCAGAGUGCCUAAUGGACUCUCCAGGGAGCGUCCAAAGAGCGCUGUGUUUCCUGCAGAGAUGAAGUCCAAGAUGAGUGUAGAGGAGCAGAAUGAGCGAAUCCGCCGCAACCAGAGCAGCUCUGUGAGGGACAAGAGGCGGAGUCUAAACCUCUCAGGUGGCCACUCUCCAGCCAACUACAAAGUGGUUCGCAGGCGGCUUACAGCUCAUGAGAUUGACAUCAAGGACCUGGAGGCAGCGGUUCGAGGUCGGGGUCAGGAGUCACCUCGGGAGGAAAUUGCUCGUCUCCGACGGUUACAGUUGGAACCAGAUCAAUAUGACCUAGAUGUCAGCAGAGAGCUGAUGGCUCCUGAGAAAGUCCUGAUCCCAGAGAGAUACCUGGACGUGGAGGACAACAUUCCUCUGAGCUCCGAGGAGCAGAUGGAGAAGCAGAAGAAACUGGAACGGAUCAAGACCCUCAUUGCCAAAUCCAAUUUGCAGAACAUGGUUCCUGUCCUGGAUGGCCCGGUGGAGGGUGGAGCUCCUGUCUCCUCCCAGCAGCAGCUGCAGGAGCAGGAAAAGAGGAUUGAGAUCUCCUGUGCUCUGGCUGCUGAGGCAUCUCGACGCAGCCGCAUCCUCUCUGCCCAGUGCGCCCCCAGCCCCCCCACCUCCCCGACCAGCCUGGCCCCUCCCCCUUCCUCUGCUGACUUCCCCAACUCCGCCCACAUCAUGAAGGUGUGAGUCUGACAAGCUCAGGCGCUGGCUGCUGUCAAGUUUCAUGGAGCGUCUUUCUGAGGAUCCACUGGAAAGACUGAACAAUGGAGAUGACCCCAGACAAACACUUUCAUUUCUGUUUCCACCUGACACAACAAAAGCACCGACACCUGCUAGAGGAGCAGAUUCAAAACCCAAAGCCAAGCUACCCCCAGCCCCCUCCCCCACCCCCUGUGUCCUGUGGCACGGAGGUUGGCUUCAGGUCUCCUACCAGUUUCAAGUGGUAUAAUAUUUCUAUAUCAUUUAGCUCAGGACAUGUUUUACAGAGUAGAGAUUAUGAUGAGGUGUUAGUGAACUGAGGUUUGAUGUUGAUGUAGAGGGAAGAAUAGAUCAUUGCAUCUGAAGAAGACGACAAUGAAAGAGGAAGAGAGCUGCAGAGAGUGGUCCAGCUGUAAUGUUUGUAGCCACAUGCGGUCUGGUCAGCUGAUGACAUGUACACAGAGACUUAAGUGGCCACAGGGACAGAACAAUUUAGGCGCCACUCUUUCUUACAUGAGAACACAGCAGCUUCCACCUGCUGCAGAGGUCAGAGGUCAGGGCACUGUGUUUAUUUGAUCUUUGGUUAUAAACCCAGGAGGGAAAAGAAAACAGUGUCCUCAGCUGUGUGCUGUGGAGCCCAAUCAGAGCUUGGUGAGCUGUUAACGCUGGUCACUGUGUCUCACCUGCAGGGGGCAGUACUGUGAUUCUGUUCACACCUAAGCUGUCAGACAGGAAAUAGGUCAAACUUUAUCAUGAAGACUGUAUCACCAGCUGUAGAGUUUAUACUGUAGCUGUGUCCAUGUGUGCGCUUUUACAACAGCUAGUUCAAAGAAACAUCAGUGACACAGUCUUCUGCUCCACAUGUUAACAAACAUCUCUCUAGGAGAAUAACUUAGACUGAUCCCAGAUCAGAGUCUGAGUCCAGGUAGAGUUAAUAUAUAUCAGGCCUGUCUUUCAGCAUGUGCUCAUGGUUAAAGUGAGGUUAGAGCUUCACUAAUAGAUCACCAUCAGGUGGUUCGAUGACGAGAUCCCAGACCUCUAGACCAUUGCAGACCUCCAGACCGUCCUGCCCCAGAUCUCCACACCGUACCAGACCUCCACACCACCCCAGACCUCCACAGCACCCCAGACCUCCACAUCGUCCCUGUUCCCUGCUCUGCGUGGCCCUCAUGUUUCAGUUGCAUACGAGUGUAAUUCAUGUGAGUCAGAAACCUCCCCCACCUCCACCCACUGUGCAGCUGUGGAGGUGGUCAUCAGGUGGAAUCAGCCCAGUGAAUGUCAUGAUGUAGGUAAAGUAUGUUGGAUAUGUGCGUAUCAGUGGUUUCUGUAUGUGGAACUAGAAGUGACCUUAGAGUCUGUGAGGAGGAGUUAAUGAUGCGGUCAGGAUUAAUUACUGUAACAUAUCCCAGUGACAUCAUAAUCAGUGCCAUAGUCCAACACAUGUCAGUGCUAUCAUGUGUUUCAUGUCACAACUCACACAUUUUGCAUCCGAAGGAAACUCAAAGCUACACACAGAACAUGGCUGACAGGAAGUAAUCCAAAAUCAUGAAUGAAUUAAACUAAAAAUUGACUUAAAUAAUUUAAAUGUAUCAAAAAUUAACUGGUCUUUACAAUAAAACUGGUUUAGUUUGUUUUGAUUUCAUAUCAUUAAAUUUUAAUUUAAAACAUCUGUUUUAACUGGAUCUGACACUUUAAUUCCAGGUCACAUGUCUGUGUGUUAAACCUGUUACUACCAUGUUACUGCUCCCUGCUGGUGUUUUAUAUUUAGUGUCUGUUGAAAAUAAUUAUAAUCAAAUGAAAAAUCAUGUUGAAACUAAAAAUCUUCAACCUUUACCUCUUCACUGUAAAUUCCUAUGUGUCCACACACUAACACACACACACACACACACACACACACACACACACUCACACACACACACACCCCUCGCCUGUGUCAUUUGUGUGUUCAUGUUUUUUUGCCCCUCCCCUCAGUGUGUACAGAGCUGUUGUACUCAGAGACAAUGUGUUACAGGAUGAAGAAGACUGACUUUUAUUCUGAAAGGUAACAACUCACCAAGCAAAAACAGUGGAGGACUUCAGAGAAACGUCUAUUUUUUCUUGUGUUAUGUUUUUUAAGAAAGGGAAUAUGUUCACAGAGGCCAUACUAUUUUUUUAGAUGUUCCAGUCGACAGGUUGAAUUUUUACACACAGAGGUUUUUCACAGAUGACACUUUGUGUUCACGUUGUGGCUCUCGGGGACAGAACACACAUAUUUUUGGAUUCUCUGGGAUCUGACAUGUUAGAAACCAACAGGUGGUGUCUGAUAUUUGAUACUAGAUGUAGCAUUUGUGACGAUGACAAUACAGAAUAUAGACCUUCUAUACAUUGGCCAUUGUACAUACUGUUUUGGAUCAGUGAACCUGACUCUUACAUAUAACCACUGCUACUUGGGACAUAGACAAACUGCUUGAACUAUGCAAAUGAUAAAAGACAAAUAGUACGCUUGCUUUCAGAAAACCCUGCAAUAAAGUGAAUGUAUACAAAUACUAUGUUUCUAUAGAUGCUUCUGAAUUAUCACAGUGUCUCAUUGUCUGCAAUGAUGAUGAUAUAUUCACUGCUGCUGUUUUAAUCCACCUGAUGAUGAUGAUGAUGAUGAUGGUGAUGAUGAUGAUGAUGAUGAUGAUGAUGAUGAUGAUGAUGAUGAAGCUCACUGCCAAAAGUCUCCUGAGGUCACCUGUGCAGCCCACCCCUCACCUGCAGGUCCCUGAUGAUGCCCUAUGGCCUUUGUUAUAUCAAAGUGUAUGUGAUGAAUAAAGA